AUGGAUCCUCUAGACUUGACCCCAAGUAUACCACCCUUGAUGACUUUCAAUGAAGGCUCCCCAAACUUUGAUUAUACCGCGUUCUGGAAGGAGGACGAAAUCGAAUAUCUUGCGGAGGAUAGCUCUUCGAAUUCAAAUCUUGCACUUACGGCUCAUUCUUCGUCCAGCACUUCGCCGCCUACAGCAACUGUGUCCAAGAAGGGCUCACAUGACAAGCAACGGCAUGAGCGGAGGGGGCAUACCAAGAGUAGAAGAGGGUGUUAUAAUUGCAAGAGAAGGAGAAUCAAAUGUCAAGAGACGCACCCUGCGUGUGGCCACUGCAUCAAGAUGGGAUUGCAGUGUGAAUACCCAGCCGUCGCUCAGAUUGUUCAUCAGUACGAGUAUCUGAUGCACGCUGUCCUCGGCCUCGCAGCGACGGAACUCAUGGUCCAGGAUCGCAGCUUAGUGAGCUUUGCCAUGGCACACCGCCUCAAAGCCAUCAAAUCAAUCAAGAAAACGCUGGCCAACGUUCCCAAGGCCGACAAUUUCGAGGAGGGCAACGCGCUUAUCGCCACCUGCUUCGCGCUGACGUUCCAGUCCGUCAUGCUCGACGACGGGAUGACAGAGUUCAUGACCUUCUGCCGUGGUAUAGUGAUCGUCGCGAUCCAGAUGUACUACAAGGGCGCCAAGAUCAUGUUCACGAACUUCCUCGGGGAUGACCAGAUGGCCCUCUUGAAGCCGCUGAUUGAGGUCGUACCCCCGAUCAAGAGCGAGUGGGCCAGCAUGGCGCUGGCUGGCAUCCGAGCACUGAGACCUCUCUGCAAUCACGCGGUCGAGAUCGAGUAUCAAAAACUGCUCCUAGAAAUAGCAGAAGCUCUUCCUACACCGCUCGUCGCCUACCAAAAUCUUUGCAAACAUUACGGAUGGUGGAUGCAGAUCCGCCAUGAAGACUUCUCACAUUUGGUCAACAUGAACAACAUGGUAUGUGUCCUGCUGGCGUCGCACUGGGUUGCGCUGAAGCAGAUCAUGGCCACGAUUACCGAGAAGGAGUAUGAAGCCCGGCCCAAGGGACCUUGGAAGGAUGAAGACGGAGUAGAUCUCGGCAUGAUCAGAUGGCUCAAAUACUUGAAUCAGCAGGUCGGCCCCGAGCACCAGAAGUAUAACGAGUGGCCAGUCUGGGUCGAAACACAGCUAGAUGCGGAUCUGACUUUCUUCGGGAAAACCAAACACUAG